CACUGGGUUUAGAAAAUAUUUUGCAGAAAAAUUCAGGAAAGUAAAGUUAUAUAUUUUUGUUUAAUUACCUUAUUUUGAAGUUGUUUACACUCCGCACCAGUUCGUGACGGGAAUGCACCGUUUCAUUUUUUGUCAACUGCCAAAUAGAGGAGGAAGAAGUUGAAGUUGUUGCUGGUAUUUUUCCUCAGUGCUGCUCCGUCGUGUUGCUGAAGGUAAGAGUUUGAGGGAAGAAAUACAGCUGCUCUAUUUCACUGUUUUAUGUGGAGCUCUAAUUGUUUAUGUUGUAGCUUUUAACGCAUAUUGUUUACGUUUAAUACUUUCACGUUACCUGUCUGUUUUGUGUUGUUCUGACCGUUAAUAACAGUCUCGUAGUUAUAGGUGUCAUUUCCCUCUUUAAGGUCGCUAAGCGUCCUUUAUAGUGUUGCACGUCGCCCUGUGUUCAUAUGCAGAGGAGGAAAAAUGAAAUUAAGAGCGUCUGUUUCCACAGUGAAUCAUUUGUUGAAUGUUUGAUGGUGAUUUAUUUCUGCUUUGGAAGAUAACCGCCGUGAAACAACCAGAAAAUAACGUUUUAUUUCCUUCCCUCUCCUCGCUCCAACACCACUGCUUUCUCACUCUCGCUCUUUUUUUCUCUUGGCUUUUUGAAAAAAUGAGUCGGGAAGCUGACAACAGCGCUUUAUUUUACUUUUAACUUUAACAAACUUAAAUCAUUGUCCUCAGUCGAUACUAGAGUACUUCCUGGUUUCAUGAAUUGAGCGGCAAACAAGUUGAAGUAGCCGCGCUGUAUGUGUUUGACCAAUCAGCGACGACCCUCCCUGCAAACCCCGCCCCCAAAGUUCCUGUACUUUUGGAACUUCCUGCAAGUGCAUCGAGCUGCAGCCACAGUGCAAACGUGCAGUAUCUACAUGACACACCCACUUGGUUAGGUUUAGGCAUUUGGAGGGGAUGGGGGCGUGUGUCGUGUAACAUGCCGUUAGGGUGACUAAACAAAAGUUAAAGCACCAGUUUUGAUCUUGAUGGACUUAGAGUUUCUUUUAACAGACUUUGGACUGUUUCUUUAGAAACUAGAUUCAGGAUGAGUCUGUAUUUGACUGCCAACAGGAACAUUGGCAACAGAUGCCUGAACAUUUACACUAACACAGUGGAAGGACACACACUCCUUCUUUAAUAAAGGUGAAUCCAGUUAAACAGUUUUAGAAGAAACACCUAACAAAGCUCCAUCUAUUCUCUGUGUCACCUGUGUCAAACCAGAAAACAGAAACUAUUCUUCCACUGAGAGGAGACGCAGAAUAAUAAUCACUGAGAGGGACAGAUAACAAGAUUCACCAUCAGACUACAACCUGAACCUCCACAGACGGAUGAAGACAGAAGUAAUACUGGAAUACUGAUGCUACAACCUGCAGCUGACUUCAAUCACUGAAGCUUCACUCAGAGAGAAAAUGGCUUCUGGAUCAGAAAACGAUCUCUCCUGUCCCAUCUGUCAUGACAUCUUUAAAGAUCCUGUUAUCCUGACAUGCAGCCACAGCUUCUGUAAAGACUGUCUGCAGAGAUGGUGGAGAGCGAAACAAGUACAGGAGUGUCCAGUUUGUAAGACUGUAUCUGGAAGCAACAACCCGCCUCGUAACUUGGCAUUAAAGAACCUGUGUGAGGCCUUCUUACUGGAGAAAGAUCAGAGAGCUUCAGCAGGGUCUGAGGAUCUCUGCAGUCUGCACUCUGAGAAACUGAAACUCUUUUGUCUGGACCAUCAGCAGCCAGUGUGUGUUGUCUGUCGAGAUUCAAAAAUACACAACAACCACAGAUUCAGACCCAUCGAUGAAGCUGCACAGGAUCACAAAGAAGAGCUCCAGAAAUCCCUGAAGCCCUUAAAGGACAAACUGAAGCUCUUUAAAGAAGUUAAAGGAAAGUUUGAUCAAACAGCAGAACACAUUAAGAUCCAGACCAGAGACACAGAGAGGCAGAUCAAGGAGCAGUUUAAGAAGCUUCACCUGUUUCUACAAGAGGAAGAGGAGAGGAUUGAGACUCUGAGCAGAGAGAUAGCAGCUCUUUCAAACACAAUCAGAACCACAGAGGAGCAGCUGAGAGCUGAAGACAUCUCAUUCCUGCAGAACUACAAGGCUGCAGUGAAAAGAGUCCAGCAGCGCCCCCUGCUGGAUGAUCCAGAGCUGGUCCCAGGAGCUCUGAUAGAUGUGGCCAAAUACCUGGGCAACGUGACCUUCAACAUCUGGAACAAGAUGAAGGAGAUGGUCUCCUACACUCCUGUGAUUCUGGAUCCAAACACUGCUUAUCCAGAACUAAUCCUGUCUGAAGAUCUGACCAGUGUGAGACGUGGAGAGAGACAGAAGCUUCCUGACAAUCCAGAGAGGAUUGACUACUUUUUCAUUGUCCUGGGCUCUGAGGGCUUUAACUCAGGGACUCACAGCUGGGAUGUUGAGGUUGGAGACAGUACAGGCUGGAUCAUUGGUGUGGCACGAGAGUCUGUCCAGAGGAAGAGAAACACAAACAUAAUGUCUGGAUUAUGGGCAGUAGUGUUCAAGAAAGAUGGAUACCACGCAGUCUCCUCACCACAUCCCUCCACUGUUCUCUCAGUGAAGAAGAAGCUGCAGAGGGUCAGAGUUCAUCUGGACUGGAACAGAGGAAAACUGUUAUUCUCUGAUCCUGAUACUAACACACACAUACUCACCAUCACACACACUUUCACUGAGAGACUGUUUCCAUGCAUUGCUACUUGGAAUGAACUCCCACUGCGGAUAUUACCUGUGGUCUCUGAUGAUGAUGGAGUUAAUAAUGGUGGUGGUGGUGACAGUGGUGAUGAUGAUGAUGAUGAUGAUGAUGGUGGUGAUGGUGAUGAUGAUGAUGAUGUUGAUGAUGAUGAAGACGAUGAUGUUAACUGUGGGCCCAUUACAUCUGCAGCCUCAGUAAACAUCUAUUCCUUUUUCGGUUCAAAAUCAGUGAAACGUGUGUCUUAAUAACUGAAUCAUAAAGUAAACAUGUUUGUCUGUGGUGGUUUUUAGGGUAAUCAGUAAUGAAGUGUUUAUAACACAUUUGAGAAAGUUUGCUGCAUUGUUUGACAUUUUCACUGUAAGGUUUCAGGACAUUAUAAAACAGUAUUUCCAUCGUUUUUGUUUGUUCUUCAUUAUACUCUGGACAUAAGAUGUAAAGCCAUCAACAUAACUGUGACCCAUACACUGAGAAAGGAUUACUGUCUGAUUGUAUUUAAUAUUAAAAGACAACAGAAUAAGA